AAGCUCUUGCAACGAACGUUUUCUUUAUUUUUUUACUAGAGUCUGAAGAAUAACGUUUUCUUGAAAAAUAAAUAGAUGAGAAAGUAGCUCGUUGUUAAAUUGCAUGCUGUUCUAGAAAAUUUAUUUUAGAAAAGGAGGAAAUUCGUCCAGUAUCUAAACAUUAUUAAUUAAGUCUAAUUACCUACUCUUUGAAACUGAUAAAAAACUCGCAAAGUUCCGGGUGAAAAGUGGAUCAAAGCAUAAUUUAUCAUACCCCAUUUAAAAGCGUGGUAAAAACACUUCAAGUUUCUAUAGUUAUAUAAUUCCAAACCUAUUCUGUUACAGGGAAAAAUGGAUUUGAUGCGAAAGAUACAUUUGAAGAGGACAGUAGUUGCGAGGGCUUUUUUAGCGACAUUUGGUAUCGUACUCUUUUCUUCCUCAAAGCCACUUUCAAAAAUUUUGUUUCCUAUAUUUUUGAAGUUCAGGCUUUGCACUUUCAGUCAAAAAAAGGAUGCACUUUCUACAAUGUUCUUGAGCGGAGAACCAUGACUAGUGAUUUCGGCAAUUACUUUUGCAUCGGAGUUAGAUAACAGCGAAAAUUGGAUGUUUCCAUCACUUUUCGCUAUCGUGUAAUUCACGCUUUACUAACGCUAGUUGAGGUUUGACUGACAAUUUGUCCUGUAACCAUCCACUACGUCACACCUCAACGGAACAUGGUAGAAAGUUUCUCUUUUUAUCAUAAGUGUAGUCUAACCGCACGAUGAUCCUAUAAAAAUGAUAACAACUGAAGUUGUUUUAUAAGGGAGUAAACUAGAAAAUACUAGGUAAUGUCCCGUAGCCGUACUCUCUGGUUUUUUUUUGUAACUUUAACGUAACACACGUAAAUAAAGCCAAACUUUUAGUAUAAAGGUUUCCCAACGUGGAUAAUUUAAGGAUGUGCAUAUACAGCGUUCAAAUUGAUGAAGAGAGGGUUUGUAGAAAUCUGUGGUUAUCAGAAAACUAGUAUACUGGAAGUUUUGUGAAACUGUUUUUGAGUAUACCAGUAGGUGGAGCACAUUUUUUUAAUCUACAAACUACUAAAAAAUUUAAUAGAUAAACGGGUCAUAAUAAUUUAAAAUCAUGAACUAAUAAUAAUAACAUAUACCAAAAGCUUAAAAGAAAAUCUCAUAACUUAACAAUAAAAAAUUACUAAUAUGAUAAUCAAUAAAUAAAAUUACAAUAAUAACUGUUAAAAAUAAACUUAAAGAAUAAAUAUUCAUUAUCUACUUUUAGAGUAGUUUCAGUCAUUUAUACAUGAAAAUCAGCAGAGGUCUUAUCUCCUUGCAUUUGAAAUUCACAGUUUUUUGAAAAUUCAGGACAAAAAGAGGUGAUAGUUUGCAACCUUGCUUUUUUCUGGUACUGCUAGAUAUCCACUAUCGAUAUAUGAUAUUGAUAUGCUUUUUCUUUUGGUCAAAUUUUUGAAAAUAAACGGUACUACUUCUAUCAGAAUCACUCAUAUAUAUGUAUAUCUCUCUACCCGCAAAUUCAUGUUACCUUAUAGCAUCCUUUAAACUCGUGUUAGAAGACUUCUGAAAAUCUAUUUUGAAGAAAGAUUUUCACUCUUUUGCAUUAUGAAAAGAUGCUCUCAAGUUCUGGAUAUUGAAUGAUGAUCCAUCAAAGAUUAUUAGAAAAAUUUCGAGUAGAUUCAUUUUUUUAAACAAAUAAUAGCUUAUUGCAUCCUGUUUUCAUCAUUUAUUUAUAGAUGACACUGUCAACAUACCAUUUCUAAAGAAAAAUGGUGAUUCGACUGCUGUAACUAACUAUACAUAUUUACCUAUUCAAAGAGAGCAACUAGGUUUACUAUUGGAAAUGAUAAUUGAGCGUAUUUGUGUACCCAUCGUUGAUCUUGAAUGUGAUAUGCACUCUAUUAUCGAUCGGUUUUAUUCAAUCGAUGUCAAAAGUAAUAUAUUGGCCACAUCGUUUUAUCAGGCCGCUUUAUAUAAAUGUGGAGUAACAUCAAUGUUAAAACAUCAACUCUUUAUGGUGAAUAGAAAUGACCCGAUUAGUAAUAAUAUUGAUAAGAAUCGUGUUAAAGAUGUGGAAAAACGCUCGGAUAAGUGUUUUGAACACAUGAAAAUAUUAUUUAAUACAUCCUUAGAAUUAUCAAAUUCGUUUGUAACCCGAACGGAAAUGGGUUAUUCAUGCUAUUUCUUAUUUGGAUAUUAUAACGAGGCUAUUAACACAAUGGAGUCAAUAAUAUCAGUUAUUGAUGGUGAUAAAGAUUAUUUGUCGUCACAAUUAUUAAUGUACGGUGAAGAUGAUUUAACCUGUCCAAUAUUGACAUUUGUAUGUGCUAAACUCGGUCUGGAAGAAAUCAUUAUCGAACCCAUUGUACUAGUUUAUUACACGCUUUUUCACGCGUACCGAUUGAUUCAGCAAUGGGAUACUGCAGCAUGUUACAUUGAUUCAUUUAAACAAGUGUGUAUGAAUAAAAAAAAUCGUUACAGAUCCAAUUCGUUCGUAUUGUUAUCAACUGCUUUCAUCUGUCUCGGUGAUACGGAUGAAGCUUUUCGUUCACUUGAAAUGUCUGGCGUACAUGGUCAAAUAUCGUUGGAUGAACUCAUAUCAUUAUGCGGUGUACGUUUGCUUGUUUGUACACAAAUGACCAGUAUAGAGGAGAUGAUGGAUAAUGGUAUAACUGUUGUACUGCCGUAUGAACGAUCACAAUGUGGUGAACAAGAUGAAAAAAUAAUAGUCAAACCGUUAAUUAUGGAACGAACAGAAUCAUCGUGUUUGUUGGUUCUCAGACACGGUUAUGAUUGCUAUAAGACACGACCGUGGUUAGUAGAGAAAAGUACCAUUAUUGAUGAGCUAGGCAAAUGGAUGAAACGUUUAGCUCCCGGUGAUCGUCUAAAUUAUUAG